AUGCAGCAAAGGAAACAGUUGGCUGCUGAAUAUGAGGAAAGCGUGAACAAACAGAUGCACCUAUUACAGCAUGAUCUGAAAUGUCAGGAAGAGCAUUGUGUCAUGUUCAAUUCUGUCUUGCGAGGGGUGCUGAGAGUGGCAGAGAUGCUGACAAAGAAGGUGGCUUGUAAAGAAAACCAAACAACACUGUCUCAGCCAGAAUAUACAAGCCUGUUAGCCCAGAUAGAGGCCGCAAGCAGCAAGAUGUCAAGCAUAAUAAUAAAGGAGAGUCACCACCUCAAAGCACGGGGAGCGCUGGGUGAAGGACUGGGAGCUCACCUUCUAGACAAAGCUAAAACCAGGAUACUUACCAAGGAGGAGCUAGUGGACUCCAGUGGCGCUGCCCGAGCACCUGACCUUGUCUGCGUGGAUCCUGCCACUGGGCUGCUGACGCCGCACCCGCACUGCACCAUGCUGCUGGCCAGCCAGUGCCCUGGACCAGUACCUGCCAAUCAUUUCCUGCAUCCCGAGACUGGAAAGGUACUUCACAUAGCUGGUAACGUCAGUUAUGAUCCCAUCAGAUCUAGGCUGGUCUGUGCUGUGGAUUCUGCUUUGGGUAAGCGUCCUAAGCCUGAAGUGCCCAUAUUUCCCUACAUUCCUUACCCAGUUUGUCCCAGCACUGGCCUACCUGUGAAGACAAAUCUUCCCAUCCUGCGUCCUGAAAGAAUGUUUGGCAUGGGAGGACUCAUGCUCGAUCCAGUGACAGGAAUAGAGGUUCCGGUGCUUGGGGUUACGAUCCAUCCUCACACUGGGCAGAAGCUGACUGUUGGGGGCACAUACCUUAACCCCCUUACUGGCAUGUUGACACCACUGGAGAUUGGGGGUCCUAUGGCUGAGCCAGAGGGAGGCAAGAUUGUUCCCGUACUGGGAGCUGGUUUGGAUAGUAGCACUGGAGAAGUUAUACCUCUAGGUGGGCUGGUGGAUCCUUCUGGAAACCUACUGCUCCUUGGAGAUUCCUUCACCGACCCUCUGAGUGGGCAAACCGCCCGGGUACACGGGGUUCACCUCCAGCAAGGCAAGGUGCUGCCCCACGGUGGAAGUUACCAAGCCGUGUUGGAAGCUGACUGCCUGCAAUCACAAACCCACGUGGUGAACGCUCUAAAGCAGUUUAAAGCAUCAAUUUUGGAAGAUACCCGUCUAGUAGCAGACAGAUUAGCAGCACUGAAGGCUUCAGUAGAAGAUAUGAAGAAGUCUUUCACCACUAGGUUUUAUCAUGCAACACACUGCUUGCAAAGCCUGGAGAAAAAAAAGGAAAUUGCUUCAAAUCUCAAGAGUAGCGGCGGUAAACUAGGUAUGAUCAAAUAUCCUGGCACAGAGAUGUGGAUCCCUGCUGUGUUUGGAAUGAAAAUCCCAGAUCCCAGUGGCUCGGGUUUGAUGGUGCCAGUUCUGGGAACAGGCUGUGACUCAGAUACUGGGCAGCCUUCCCCGCUCGCAGGAACCAUGGAAGAUAGAAACGGAAAAGGCCUUGUCCCCAUCACUAUUGGUGCCAGAACCAUAAGUCCAAUUACAGGUGAAAUUGGGCCUGUUAUAGGGGCUCAAACCAACCCCUGGACACACAAUGUAAUUCCUACUGUUCAGUCUCUUGGAGCUUUACCAAGAAGAGCUACAGAUCCAGAUCUGCUGGACUUUCUAGAAAAGGAAAUAAAUUCAAGGCAUAUGUACUGGUACUGCAGAAUUAAAAAGGAAGAAGGGCUGCUUAAACAGCUGAAUGCUCUAUUUCUUCACAUCCUUGAUGAUGCGAAAGAGGGAAAGGCACACAAGAUAAAAUACAAGGGAAAAGUGAAAGACAUUGGUGAAAUGUGCCAUUUUCUUAAAAGGUCCUCUCUGCAGGAAGCUGAGAGACGAGCCUCAAAAUAUUUUAGCAGCCAGCUGGCCACCGAACUAUCCUGGCUAUUCAAAGCUGACAGAGGUGAAAAAGAACAGGAAAUACAGGUUCUGCUGGAGAUCAGAAAGGCACUGGAGAAGCUGAUGGAGUUCACUGAAAAGAUGCAACUAGAAGAAGAACGGAUAUACAUGCAGCUGGUAGAGAGCGAAAAGCAAAGGAGGCACCUCUCAAGUACCGAGACAGUGACAAACCUGAAGCUCAGAAAGGUCAUACUUGCCCUAGCCUCUGAGUCUCAGGAACACAUACUGAAACAACAAGCUAGUGUGGAGACCGCAUACACCAAACUGGAAUAUUUGAGGGACCGGUCAAAUAUCCAAAUACAGCAAGCAAAGAUGCUUUUCUCUGGGUCACAACAGUGUUUUGAAAACUACGAGACAAGCAGAUUUUAUGGCAUUAGCAGGAUCACACAUAAUAUAUGCAAGGGUGUAAUCCAACAAAACCUGAUCCCGCUACUCAAAUCCAUGGUCCAGAUGCUGGAGGAAAAGGGCAGAAGUGGUAGUGUAUCACCUGAGACUUCAGGCUACUCAUCAAGGAGCACUCUGAAAACAUCUGCUGCUCAUUCAGAGGCACCAAAGGCUGAAGCAAGUCAGGAAACCGCUUCAGCUGCCACAGCAUCACCUGCUCUGCCCACCUCACAUGCAGAAAGGACCAGCCACCUACAACAGCAAAUCCGGACCAGGUUUUUCUUUGAGAAGCAUGCUUGUGAGCUGGCACAUCUGGAACUGUCCUUACUGACAGAAGAAAUAAACACUGUCUUUUCCUUUUAUGAAUCAGCCAAGGCUAAGGAAAAGGAAUACCACAAAGGAAACUGGUUUCAGGAGAUGAAAGCCACUAAAGGAACAGAAGAAACUGGCACAAAGGAUUCACUUCUGAAAGAACUGUCAGACCACCACCACCACUCUGAGCAAGCCCUCCGUCAGAAACAACUGGAAGAAAUCAAGCAUUCAGGUCUCAGCCCAGACUUAACAGUGCCCAAACAGACCCCAUGUUUUCUGGAAGAAAUUCCCUAUCGGCUGUCAAUCUGUCUUCUUGGUUUACCAAUGGCAGAUUCUAACUUCACUGAACAGCAAAAACCACAUUCUUGGAAAGUCGAGCAUUCGCCAGACUCCCUAGCUCAGAUACUGCAGGUUUCAGCAGUGAAGAUAGUAAAGCUGGAAGCUCUGAGGCAAGCGUGUCUGUACAGAGUCCUGGACCUCUACAGCAACCUUCAGAUUCUGACUUGCCCAGAAGGUGUGACCAGGAUCCUGAACAGUUUUGACUACAAAAACAACGGCGAAGAAGUAGCCCAAGAGGUGGCUCAGACCAGAGAGAAAGAGCAAGUGGCAAGAGCGGUGGCUUUUCUCCAGGAGCACCAUCAGGAGGGGGAUUUGCUUAAAGGUUUAAAGGAAGAGUCAGAAGCUGAGCUGAGGAACAUGCAGGCACAAUUUAGACUGGAACUUCAAACACAGACAGAAGAAAAGAUGCAAGCCAAAGAAAUGCAAGUGAUCCAGGAGACCAAAGAAGACGAAUUAGGGAAUCUUGUGGCGUAUUUCAUCCUAUCCCAGAGACACCUGCGGCAAACAGUCAUCACACUACAAGAUUGCCACAAGCUCAAGAAGAUUGCCUUGAGGUCCCAAAAGGAGAGUGCAAGCCUGGAACAGCUUGUUGUAGAAGAGUUAUCAGUUGACAACGACACCACGGACAUUUCACAUCUCCUGAAGGACAACACAGAGUACAUACCCUUAGUGCUGGAAUUUAUACAAACUGUAAGGCUAUUGCAACUGAGAGAGGCGCAGUUUAAGGAAAUAGUCAGAAGCCUAAAAGGCUGCAUCCAGGAAAAGUUUGUGGAUGAAGCCAACAUCAUAGCCAACGAAGUGAAAAAAUUCAGAGAGCAGAAGAUGAGAAGCCUGGAGGAACAGCUGAAACUCUUCCUGGAAAAUAAAAGAGCAAGGAAGAAUAUUUCAAGUAAUUUUGAUCCAUUGCAGACCAAAAAUGUCACCUUGAAAACAGAAGAAACACCCGAUAAAAGGAAAGACCUCUGGCAGACUUGCCAAGAGGAGCAUCUGGACCUCGAAGAAUCUCACAUAUGGCAAAUAUCAGAUGAAAGAGGAAAGCUGCAGGAUCAUCUGCUCUGUAGAGAACCGAAGAGCAGGAUGAAGCCCGCAGGAUCCGGUUCUACAGAACACACCGAGCAGCACGAUAGGAACUCGAUGAAAGAAUGCAGUGAAACAAAAGCUUUUGUAGGAAAAGAUUUUUAUCCAGAUUUGCAGAAAUUGAGAAUGAGACCAGAAGAAGAAAAAAAAAAAGAAAAAGCGAUGCAGCCAAACAACAGUCCUCCAACAUCCAUCACCAAUUCCCUCUGGGUUCCAGGGAGACAUCAUCAGGCAGAUGAGCAGCUCCUAUCAUUCUUGGCUAAGAGUAUCAAGGUGCUGAAGCAGGCAGAACACCUGAUGGCCUCCAGAAUCAUUCUUCUGAACCCACAGUUCACAACACCUUCUCCGUGUGGUGGUGAUAAAAUUAAGUGUAUAAAAUCAUCUUUUUUUCUUGAUCUUCUGAAAGACGUGAAUGAUGAGCUCCGAAGUCAUGCAGUGGCAGCUGGACUCCUGGAAAGCCAAAGGCUGGACACAGAAACAGCAAGUACUUCUCAGGGUAUACAGGAUGCCUUGAUGACUCAAGAAGGAGAACUAACAGUAAUUGAUCCUACAACCCUUUCUGCAAGAGAGUUUCUCAUAUACCAGUAUGGCAUCUCUGUCCUACAGUUUCUCAGAUUUCACAUUGAUGCUCCAGAAAUUAACCUGUGUGUUGCCUCCAGCCUACCUCUUAGCAAUGACACAGGCAAUGCCUUCAGAAACUCUUUCUUUUAUCAGAACUCAAAGAACAAACUAUUUGUUAGAAGGGAUUGCCUGAGGUCUGUAGGAAGUUUCCUCCUCCUCCUCGUGCACUGUUCUGCUUAUAUCACUGCUGCUGACUUCAGCCACGACACCAGCCCACUCUUCCUGAGGCUUUUUUAUCAGGCACUAAAGGCUUGUCUUAGUGAAAUGUUCUCUCUCAGACUCCAGCUGUCAGCAGCUCUCCAGGGUGAUAAAUCUUAUGGUAUAAGUCAGAUGUUACUAAAGGAAGAACCAUUCUCCCAGGAGGAAAUGCAUUCCAUCUCCCAACUUUUUGAGAGGAAAGUGAAAAACCUCACAGAUACAGAAGCCUCUGAGAAGAGCAACCUCUUGCUCCAUAUGAAAAGUGAGGAACCACAAAAUGAAAAUGUGCUUGUGAAGAAAAAAGAGCAUUUCCCUCAUGCCUCAAGCAGCUGCGGAUGGAAGAGAUGCUUUGAAGAGGAAGCCUGCGCUCACUUGUCCCCUUCAGAACUUGAGGAUAAAGUGAAUGUGUUAACCGAAGAGUUGGUGCAUAUCAUAGAGGAUGAACACCAGUUUCUAAACAGCAAAGGCAAUGAAGACUUGGGUUUUUACUACCUUGAAAUAACUAGUUUGGAGAAAGACUGUUUGGUAAAACAAAUAAACGCAUUAGAAGAGAAAAUAGCCCUAGGCAGAAAGUUGUAAUGGUAGCCAAAAGACGACUUGGUGGUGUGGUUCUAACUUGGCCCUCUGCAUUUGUCUUCAGGCUUUAAACCAAAGUAAGUCUUGUAUUUUUAACUGCAGUGUAUUUUUCCCCUUCAUACUAAAGGCUCAUUAAAUCAGAAGUGAAAGCAACAUAGUAAUCUAAGUGACAAGACUUUAGCCUGAGUGACUGGCAUUUCUGGCUACAUUAAGUGGUGAGAAGACAAACCUCAUUGCAAAAGCUCAGACUCCGAGUUUUCAGGAACAGAAGCAAUACAUAGAAUCACUCAUAACUCUGUUUAGCAUUAAAAAAAAUAUUUUUUUAAGCUAACCUAUCGCUUCUCCACUGUUCUGAAGCCUCUGCAGACAGCAGCCAAUAGUUACACUUUUCUCCUGACUUUGAGGCAGUGAAAGCUAUAGAUACCAUCAACCCCAGUAACUGUAUCUACACAAUCACACAGCAAGAGCCAGAGAUACCAUCUCCACCGCUGCAAGAAACUUGCCCAGCCCACUUGCUGUGAUGUCACCAUAUUUCAGGUGCCCUGUGGUACCACCUGCCUGGGAGCACCACCAAAGUUCCUGCACCACCAAAGGCCAGCCCGGCUCUUCAGCUUAGAGACAUGCUUUCCUCCCUCCCACACCCAAGAGCCAAACCCUGAGAUACAUGAAACGUCCAGUAUUCACUGAUCAAUGAAACAGCACCUCUUCUCUGCCCACCACAGCCUCCGGUUUAGGUACAAAGCAAGCAGGGAAGGAGCAGAGGCAGCCAGGAUCCUUUCCUUCCCCACCUGUACAAGAAUUCAGGGAUGCACAGCACAAGUUUCCAAGAUAGUUCAUCAGUCAAUACCCUCAACGCUAAUGCUGUUACCUCAUUAUACAUCAAAUAAUCAACACUGAAAACCACUUGGAUUAUUAUAACUCUACAAAUCAUGUAUCUAUUCAAUUCUCUCAGAACUGCUGAAUCACUUGUUCACACCUUCACCCCAUACACAGAGAUGUUUAUCUCACUAAGAAAAAAACCCACCACUGAUUACAAUAAAGUGAUUAAGCUGCUACAGUGCAAGUUCUACCAUCAAGGCCGCAAGAGAUAAUUUGAAACACUGUUUCUGACUUUCAUUAAUGAAGAAGCCUCUCCUCACAUCUUAUUUACUCAAGUUUAAUCAACACCCCACGUAUUGCAAUUUUCAUACAUAAAAGCAGGCUUUAAAACAAAGUCUUCUAAAACUGAACUUAUCUCUAGUUAUCAGAAGUACAAGAUUUUUUUUACUUUUUGCAUGAGUGAUCUAC